AUGAACAAAGCGCUCGUGAAUCUCCCGCUGCCGAUCGAUGAAGAUGUGCACAACGAGUUCCGAAUGCACACAAAACUUCAGCUUACCGAGGUCUUACCGGAAACUAGGAAAUUGAGAUAAAACACAAUUUUUAGUUGGGAAGAUUUCAAAGCAAACAGGACAAAGACGGAUCUAUUCGUCGGACUCUGCAGCCGAUUAGCAAGUAAGAAAAUAAUGAAUGAAUAUAAGUAAACUUCGAAAAUUUCAGAACAAUCUGCGCUUUUCUCAACACGGAUGGCGGACGUCUCUUCCUGGGAGUCGAUGACAGCAAAAUGAUCAAAGGGGUCGCGAUGAGUAAGAACAUGGUAUAUAAUUUAUUUUAAUGAAACUCUCAAACCGAUUGUUGUCAGAUCUAUCAUUUCUUUGGCUCUCUACGACACAUGUGCGAGAAGUUCAAGCCGUUCAAUCCGAUUUCUCGCAUCAAAGUGUCAAUUCUCGAGGUGGUGCCAACGGUCGAUGUGAUGCAAGUGAAACUGAAAAAAGUGGAUCUGGACAAGCCCGACCCGACGGAUUUCCCCAAAAUGGCCAGUCACAGUGUUGGAGGCACAUUCGUAAGGUGAACUUAUAGAACCAGAGCAAACUUUGAACAUUUCAGUGUGACUGCUUCAACGAAGUCAAUCAGGCCCCCACAAAGCAAUAUCUGCUGAUUGUACAGGUGGCUGCCCCAGAAGCCGAUUCUCCGACUGUACUUUUUCAAAACGAAGAAGGACUCGCUUAUAGGUCAUUUUCAGUCCCUUCUUCUUCACGGAAGCAAUAAUUUUCAGGCGUCGUUUGGCGUCGAACAAGUGCAUCUACUUGGACGACCUUCGCCGGAUGAUGGACGAGCGGAACCGGGUGUUCGUCGACCUUCACGAUGAAGUUCGUCACGAGAUCGACCGAUUCAUUAAAUUCGAGUGA